UAUUUUGCUAUGGAAGAGGGGUCCACUGAAGAGUUUCUCUUCAAAGACCAGGACUUCUCCUCUGAACUGCUGAGGCAGCUGAAUGCUCUGCGGCAGAGCAGGAUGCUGACCGAUGUUACCCUCUGCUCCGGGGGCUUUGAAAUCCCCUGUCACCGAAAUGUGCUGGCUUCCAGCAGCCCAUACUUCAAGGCAAUGUUCUGUAACAACUUCAGGGAGAGUCACCAGCCUAAAGUCAUUCUAAAGGGCAUCGAUGCCAAUAUUUUGGAUCAGAUUAUCCUUUAUGUUUACACUGGGGAGAUUCUCAUAUCCACUGAGAAUGUCUUGUGCCUCUUGGAGACUGCAUCCAUGCUGCAAUACACUAAGCUGUUUGAGGCCUGCUCUACCUACCUCCAGGACAAGCUGACCCCUGACAACUGUCUGAGCAUGAUCAGACUGGCAAAAGUCUUGAACUGCCAAAGCCUGAAUAAGAAAGCCAAGGCUAUGGCUUUGAAAUGUUUUCCUCUGGUGGCCUCUUCUGAGGACCUGAAGGAGCUCUGUCCCACAGAGCUCAUCGAUUACCUUGGGGAUGAUGAGCUCUGUGGGGAGGAGGAGCAGGUCUUUGAGGCACUGAUGGUCUGGAUCCGGCACGACCUCCAGGCACGACAAGGCUACAUCCAAGAGUUGUUCAAGAAGGUCCGACUUCAGUAUGUCCAUCCAACCUUCCUCUUCCAUUUCAUUGCUAAUGACUCGCUCGUUCAGGCCUCACCCACUUGCAGGAGCAUCCUGGAGUCAGCCUGGAGACAGAUGUUCUCCUUGUACAGCACCAACAUGCCUGACAUCAAACCCAUGGUGCAUGUUCCUCGCAGGUACUCCAACCAGGAGUUCCUCAUCAUCAUCGGUGGCAGGAAGGACAGCCAGCAGACAACAAGGGAUGUCCUGCUGUAUGACGAGAAGACAAACCAAUGGCUGAGCCUGGCCAAACUUCCCAUGCGCCUCUACAAAGCCUCUGCAGUGAGUUUGCACAGCAAUGUUUUUGUGCUUGGAGGGAUGCCUGUUGGCAAUAAGAAAAGUCUGGUCAGUGGUAAUAUUUACAUUUACUCCCUCAAACUCAAUCAGUGGAGGUUGAUUGAGCACAUGCUAAUUCCACGUUACUCCCAUAGAAGCCUGGCAUAUAAAAAUUAUAUUUUAUCAUUCGGUGGAAUUGGUGAAAACCAGGAAAUCCUGAAUUCUGUGGAAAGAUAUGAUAGUGUCUACAACACCUGUGAGAGCAUGGCAAACAUGCCUGUUGCCGUCCUUCACCCUGCUGUUGCUGCCAAAGAUCAGAGGGUUUACCUCUUUGGGGGAGAAGACAUAAUGCAAAACCCUGUUCGGCUUAUCCAGGUUUACCAUGUCUCCAGGAAUACAUGGUUUCGUAUGGAGACCAGAGUAGUGAAGAAUGUCUGUGCACCAGCUGUUGUGAUUGGAGACCAGAUUAUCAUCGUAGGUGGGUACACCCGGAGAAUAAUUGCUUAUGAUACAAAAGGCAACAAGUUUGUUAAAUGUGCAGACAUGAAGGACAGACGAAUGCAUCAUGGGGCCACUGUCAUCAGGAACAAGCUGUAUGUCACAGGAGGACGGUGUCUCACCUCAGACAAUGCCAUCAAGGACCUGGAUUCCUUGGACUGCUAUGAUCCAGAGACUGACACAUGGACACCAAAGGGGAAACUGCCACACAGACUCUUUGACCAUGGGUGCCUGACACUCCAGUGUGUCCCCUGUUCUAACCUUCUCUAA